GCGAAAAUCACUUGUUGAGCUCUGAAACCGUGUUGCGAACGUAUUCGAUCAUUUGGUAGCGUGCUUUUGUGCGUUGUUGCGUGCGGUAUCAGGUGCAGGUGGUUGGCUCAGCAGACCUUCGUCUUGCUGCGACACACUCCACUCUUCUCCAAACUCAACCUUCUUCCUUCUCCUCUUUUCUCGCCGCGCACCACCACCCGAACCCAAGACCCGUCUUUCGCUUGUCUUGCUAACAUCCCGUGGGUGGACUCUGCGCUGCCAGCGCCUUUAUCGUGUGCUUCUUCCUCUGCUGAUCUUGGUCCUUCCAGUGCGAUUCCGCUACGAAGUGCUGGCUCCGCCUUCUGCUAGCCAGCGUCCAGGGCCGAGAAGGGCACCCCAAAGCCAUCUCAAUCAUCACUGUACGCACUCGCUGGCGCUCCCUUCCACCACUGUGCUGUGCUGGUGACGGAGCAGAAGGCAACGUGCUCACGACGGCACCCGACCGCCGUCCUCUGCGUUCCAAGGCUUCAAGGCGUAGAGAUACUUCAUCGAAAUCACUCCAUCUCCCUCUCCGUCUCAUCCUCCCUCGCUGUCAUGGACGUGCGCAACCUGUUGACCGCCGAGACCCAGUCCCCCCAGUCACGACAGCCCCAGCCCAGCGUCGAGACCGAACACUCUCAACAACACAACUUGCAAGGAAAAGCUAUGAAUGCCGCUCAUGGACACAGCCAUCAGGCUGUGGCACAGCCAACCCAGCGAAAUGCCACCAACCGUGCCGCUGAGAACCCCUACACAACGGGUGGGCCUCCUAAGAGCGUCGCUUUUGAGCUCAUCCUUCCAGAGGCACCGCAGCAGCGGGCUCGCUUGCCCAUGCGAGUCAACAUCUACCCUCACGAUGCAACCGACUCGAUUGUGACCACCGUCAAGAAUUUCUACGGUCUUUAUGACGGCAACGGUGUCAGCUUCGAGGACAAGGAGGGCAACACCCUCAUCGCCAGGUAUGAAAACUUCCAGAACCGCAUGACAGUCUAUGUCAGAGUCACAGAAGAGUAUUCUGCGGCCGGAGGUACACCACGGCCUUCGUUGUCGCCCAAAAGACCACACCUUGGACCUCCGUUCGAGAUGGGCAAUCCCAUCCAGGAUGAGGCAUAUGGAAACUCUAGACCCUCAUCCAGAACUGCCAGACCACGCAGUCAGUCGCCUUCUGCACGUGGUAGGCGGAGUGUCUCCGUGAGUACCAACCCGAAGUCCCGCUCAAGGGCAAACGCCAAGAGCAGGACUGGUAGCACUCAAGGAAGCUUCGCGGAUGGCCAGUUUGACCGUGACAUGAGCGACAGUGAUGGGGGCAACGCUUCGGUCACAAGCUCACGCAGAGGGAAGGUUGCUGAGGUUGUCAGCGCUGACAUCAGUGUUGAAAAUAUUGUUGAAGGAGGGCGAAGAAAGCGUGCUCCAUUCGACAGUUCGGAGCUGCCUCUCUUCGUGCCCUCGCAAAUGCCUACAUCCGUUUCUUCCGUCUCCCCUCAGCGACGAAUUGGUCAGCCAAACUUUGGCUCGCCAUAUCAAUAUUCAAACCAGCAGAGUUUCUCCUACCAACAGCCUCUGCCUUCGCCACAAAGCAAGGGGUACUCGGAUGGGCAAGCUGGUCAUCCUGGUGCGACCACGCCAGGAUAUGGUAACCGAGAGCUACGCCAAAGACAGACAACGUAUAGCUCUACGAGAUAUAGCACAGGCAACGGUGUGUUGCCAACGCCAGAUCCUACAAUCGGCAGUGUCAUAUCUGAUGAGGACGUCGCCAUUCAGCUCAUGCGUCUUGGCGAAGCCUCCAACUUCUCCAGCCACGGCCGCACCUCUACUUCUACCCUUGAUGACGCCUUGAGCGGCAAAGCUGAGGCAUCUGAUUACAGCGAUGGUAGCGAUGCAGAUGAUGAGGACCUGCCACGCGCCGGCUACGCCAGCGACGAGUAUAGUGGCGAAGAGCUUGACGACCGUCACGAUGUGUCGCACGAUGGCAUCGCCGACAGCCAUGGACCUGUCAAUGUUCACCCGAACAAGCUCAUCAAGACUCAGUUCAACGGUGACAAGCGAGACGGUUCUGCUCCACGCAAGCUGGCGAAGCCACCACAGCCAAAAAAGAAGAAGAGUCUUGAGAGCACAAAGGCACCUAUGUCACCAACUUCGCUCCCAGCCCAGUCUAGAAAGGCUUCUAUUGCCUCCCUUACAUAUGGUCCAGACGAGGAGGACUUGUCCGCUAAGCCGCGUUGCCAGCGCUGCCGCAAGAGCAAGAAAGGCUGCGAUCGCCAGCGCCCCUGUGGACGAUGUCGCGAUGCGGGAAUCGGCAUCGAGGGAUGCAUCAGCGAGGACGAGGGGAAUGGUCGCAAGGGUAGAUAUGGGCGCCACAUGGGUGUUCCCAUCAAGAAGGAAGUUCCUACUACGGUGGCUGACUUGCAGCCUGCGAUCCCUCAGGUCGUUGCACACCAGCAGACGCACACUCAAGCCCAUCAACACCUACCGAUGGGCCCGCCAAGCUUGAUUGGCGUUAACCAGAAGAAAAGAAAGCGGUAGUUGCGGACUCGGAUACGCGUAACAGCCCCAGUGUUAUUCUAUCCCCCAGAAAUUGGAUUCCCACGAUGCAUGUCUACUUCCACAACAAUCACAACCGUCACAACGAGAGACGAGCUUGAUUAAGCUUUUGCAAACUCGCUAGCUACUCGGCACACAAGCGCACAAGCGCACAAGCUUGAAAAGCCCCCUUCACAAUACACGCGUAUAGCCCUCCACCAACCCUAUUUUAACGGCCUUUUCAACGCAACCAAAAAAACCAUGAUGAACGAAUUUCCUUUCAACGAACAGACUGACUGGACUGCUACGUGUGAGUGUCCGCACAGCUGCGUCUUCUUGUUUCUCUUCUUUUUUUUCAUUUCUCUUUGUAUGGCCUUAAAGUAUGGGAGCUACUGUUCUGGGGUUAAAGGAGUUGCGAGAGUGCUUGCCUCCUUGACUUGUCCUCUGCUUCUACGCUUAUGGACGAAUGUCUCCUUUGAGGGAGGUAUCACGGCUACUAGUCUAAUCACAGCGCAGCGUCACCGCUUGUGUUGGAUAGUCUAGGUGCCGGGACUUGUUCAUCAAUCACCAUCACGCUCAGGACAUCACUUGGACUUGGAAAGUCGGCGCUAUUCACUUGACAAUUUGGUUUGAAGAGGUGGGGCUUUUAAUAAGGACUAGAAAGGGGGUGGCGACCGGCUGGGCUAUCUCUUAUAUCUAAAAAUGAGGACUGUUACAUCAGUGUGGCAGAGGAGCGAGGAGAGAGGUGUGGAAGGUGUGGAGCCAACAGACAGGUAAGACGACGAUGGUGAGGGUGUUGAGCGCAGGUCAGCCAACAAGCAUUGUCUGGUUCCAUCUGCGAGAGUAAAGAGGUGCGGCGUUUCCUCAUUGUCUUCAUUUGCUUUGGACUUCGCGUAGUUUCGAUGACAAGUGCUACUAUGAAAGAGGCGGGAAGAGAGAGUGGGAGGCGUGGAUAUGGGUCGAACUGAUGGAUUUCCAAGAGUUUAGUUUCUUGUGCUUGCUUGUUUGAUCCUGUACGUAUGCUCAUCCUCGUUCGUCCGUCAGUUGCAUCUCUUUGAUAGGAGAAAUCCGAUGAUAUAUGCCAGACCCUUGCACACCA